AAAUCAAAUAAAAGCAGUAAGUUACACUUGGAGAAACUUUAGAGCCGCAUCGAUUAGCGUGGCUAGCAAAGCGCAUCGCCAGAUGCACUCAAGUGACAAAAUUAGUGGAGGAAACGCUGACAAAAUUGUUGCUAUUGCUGGAGCUGUCGUAAGUCCAAUUACAAGCUUGGUCUGCCACUCAGACGAGGGCGUUGCCAAAGACGAAAAGACUCUGGAGUGGCGACAGUUUUUCCCCAAGCCUUGUGAUGACUAGUCGCUGGCUGCUAUUGAGUUUGCUUCUCUAUUUGGGUGGCCAAGAGGCCUCCUCGGGAGUGAUAGAUAACUUUGGUGAUGGCCUGAAAAUGGCCGGACAAAUGUUUGGCAUUAAUACCGCCGCGGAUGUGGCCAAUCUGGUGGCCAAAGCCUUUGCCGGCAAUCCUAUGACAAACGUACCCAACCUAAUGGGUUAUGUGCAGAAAACCUUUAAAGCCCCGCAGCAAAACAACGAUGAAGAGGAACAGAAGGAGGAUCAAUCGGAGGAGCAAUCGGAACCGGAAAAUGCCCAGGAAGAGCCACCGGUGGAGAACAGUACGCGAAGACCUCCUCCAAUAUCCUUCGACUCCGGGCAACUGUUUACAAACAUGCUGAGAAUGGUGGGAUUUGACACUCGCAAAAUUGGAGCUCUAGCUUUGAAUGCCUUGAUUAUGAUUGCCCAGGCGAUUGGCAGCUCAUUAAUGCAGGUCACCCGAGGAGGCGGAGGACCAUCGCUAGAAGCUUCGGAAUCUUUGUUCGAGCCAAGCGAUCACCGACCGCGAUCUCUGUCCAUGGGAUCGCCUAUCGAUUGGUUCCUGCAACGAUCUGAUCGAUACAGUAAACGACUAAUCAAGGAUAUCAUGGAUCGGGAUCUGCCCGAAUACAUUGUGGACAUGAUUGAGGCCAAAGAGAAACCAGAGGAGGGCAAACAGGCUGGCUGUUUGAAACUUCUCAUGUGCAAGGGCAAGCCCAUAAUUUGGGGAAUGCAGGAAUCGCUGAAGAAACGCCUGGCUGGCGAGCCGGAAGAACAUGAAGAAGACGAUAGCUACUUUAAUAAGCGAAUUUUCUUUAAGUAUUUGCCCAGCCUUGAGGAUUUCAGGGUGCACAGUGAUGGCUGUGAAUCUAAAUAUCAUGAGGAAUGCCCUAGGAAUGCAACGACUGGCAGCUUCUUUUAAGAUAAAUACAACAUUUUACUACAUUUUUACUGGGAGUAGGUCAUAAAAAUCGGAUAGUUUUGAAUUUAAAAACUUCUUAAACGAGUUUUGGUUACGUUUUGAAUUAUUUGAUUAUUGUUUUAAUACCAAAGAAAUAAUCUACAAAAUUAUGGCUCUUAAUAGUUUUUAAAGAUUAUUAUAUAUACAAUUAACUUGUUUAACAUUGAUGUUAAAAAUGAUUAUUUUUAUUUCUUCAAGCUUAUAUAUAGAAGUAAUGCUACACACAUUUCAAUAUAUUCAAAAAGGAAUUCUACACUUGUCAAAAUCUUAAUAAAACUCACAAAUCCUUUUCACGGAUAAAUUAACAAUA